AAGGACACCAUAAUAUUAUUGUAGCACUACCAAACAGCUACUAAUAAAAUAAUUAGCUUUUUGAAAUUGGACGUUCCCAACACAAGUUAUAGUCCUUCAAAGAAAAACUACGAAAACAUGACGACAUGUAAUUAAUACAUAUUUUGGCAACCACCUCUUAUAUAUUAUACCCACGUACUUCAUAUUUCUCACACGUACCUGAUAAUUAGGAGUGGAGUUGGACGAGGAGAAGUUAGUGUCCCAGUUAUAGAAGCUCAAGUCACUGUGUCUAGGGAGCAGCUUCUUCCGUGACGAGAAUAUGGGAUCAAAAUCAUCCACCUACAAUUAUCAUGUACAUGUAUAAUACCACAUAGAAAGUUUUCGUAUCAAACGAAAAUUAAAACGACGGAAUUAUUCUACUGCAAGAGAUUCAAUGCGUCACUAUCCUAAGCUGUUGAGCUGUACUUAAAAUACUAAAUUGGUAGUUACGAAAAUUACCCGCUAUACGGCAGUUAGAUCAUUGGGGUGAGGUAUAAUUUUAUGUUAUAAAUACAUGUUAGGAUCAACCACCUUUAUUACUGGUAGUACCUUGAGUCGAUGUGCGUAGUCAAUGUAUCCUGAUAUCUCCUAUACUUAUUGAUUGAAUGGCAGGGAAUACUCAGACCAUCGAAAGAAUUGCAAGUUGAUAUAAAUAAUUAUGCUAUUAUUAUAUACUUGCGAUGAGCUCCUCAAUCAGAAGUUUCAGUUCCGCUUCUUUGUAGGACACAUAGAUGACGAUACAGUGCUAAUUGAAGCGAAGCUAUCAAAGGACCGAUUGAUUUGUUGAAUGUACACAAAUUAAAGAUGUCAACCGCGAGAUGCUGUAGAUGUAGAACUGGCACCUGUCAGUCGUGUGUGUGCCAGAAGAAAGGCAGCCCCUGCUCAUACUGCCCCCUGCACAUACUGCCCCCCAGGGUCUUCGUGCACAAACAAGGCAUUAACAAAAUUGAACAAUAGUUAUGUACUGGGGACCCCAUGAUGGAAAUGCUGUGCUUGCAAGAGAUAUGAAGCAAACCACAAUGAAGCCCUGAAAACAAUGGGAGAAGAGGAAUUCAAGAGGGGCUCGGCACUGACUAGGUAGCCCUAUAGUAAAAUACUAGUAUAACCUGUUUGGUUGUCUGGUUUGAUGUCUGACAACUACUCUACUGUUUGGUGGCUUCGCGUUGUGCUGAAGUUGUUUGACUGGUGAGUAGUUUGUUCAUAGUGGAAAAGUAUGCCAUUCCUUGAAGAGAAACAUGUGCAACUUUUGAGAUCUAGCGGCCUUGUUGGAAAAGUGCGGCUUUCCACUGAUAUGUCUCAAGAUGACUAUAAAUUAUGGCCGCAGUGUCAUCACAUCCAAGGGUAGGUGGGUAUGCAGAAGCAAAGGAAACACAACAUUUUUUGUAAGACAGAGUCUUGAUACCUAAAUCAGACGCGGGAGCAGAGAUAUAGAGCAAUCGCCUAAGACGAGUGCACGAGUUGCACAGAUAUACAAGGAGUUGCUGUAAUUUUCUUACACUUUGUGGUGUAGUUCAAAAAAGUUCGAAAUAUGGAAAAAGACGAAGUUACAGUAGAAAUCUAAAAGUUGAACAUUAUAAAUUAUAAAUGUCAGGCCAUAUUAGGAUGCCAAGUUGUAUUACCAUCACUAGGCACUUGUGAAAAGAAAAUUAAAGAAACUGCAUGCUAUGCAGGUCAUCAAGAGAUUGUGACUUACUUGAGGAGGUUCGAUGUAGCACUGAUCUACUUGUGGAUAGCACUGAUUCUGGUAGACUAGAAGAAUCACGAGUACAGUUGGAUGAGCUUCUGGUGGAGGAUAAACUCACUGGAGUACCCCUACUAGUGUUUGCAAAUAAACAAGACCUAGGGAUGGCUUUAAAAGCUGAUGAUAUCAGCAACGAUAUGAAGCUAACUGAGCUGACUGACAGACGAUGGCAGAUACAACCAUGCUCGGCCAAAACUGAAGAAGGGAUUGCGGUACACAACAAUCCACUUACCAGUCGCUUAGGCUGGAAGGACAAGCCACCAUGUUGGAGUUUCUCCACAGAGUUGAAUUUCAACCACGAGGUUUAGUCGCAAUCAAUCGCAUGUGCAGAAAUAGUGAGCCCCACCCCCUUCUUCUGUUUUGAGACAUCUUCAGUUUCAGGCUAGCCUCGA